AACCUAGACAUGGCUAAAUCCUAAUCUAUAUGAUGAAAAUGCUCAUGGAUGAAUGGAUAAAACAAUGUAAAUAUGCAAGAUAUCAUAGAAUCAGCAUUAGGUUUUUCAGAAAUAUAGGUUAAUUUGUAUCAUUUUCUUUCUUGCCACUCUCACAUGUUAAAAGAGUUCUGAAUAAUUUGUAGGUCUCAUUGUCAAAAACCUUAAAGUAUUGAAACUGAAUUAGCUUCCGGCUCUUCUUGAUCAUGUGACUGGAGGUUGAGAUUAACUGAAUGAUAGACGGCGGAAGCGGAGCGGUAAGAAUGCUGAGGAACUGCUGAAGAAUGUUGAAAUACAAAUAUCUGAACUCAAUGUCUUCACCCAUUAAAGGUGCCGAGUUUGUAAAGAGAAAUCCAACGUGUUGAAAGAGUAAGAAACAAAUAUAUGGUGGUAAAAGAUGAAGUUGAGUUGGCAAAAAGAGAAUAAAAUAUAUAUAAGAAUUUGGGAUAUAAAGAAUGUAUGUUCCAAUCUGGAUGGAAAGAGAAAACAAAAAAGCACAUAAAGCAAAGAAAGAAGAAAUGUGGAUAGGGUUUUAUAGAAGACUAUAUAAAACUUAAUUGAAAACCAAAAUGUCUCGAAGUUGAAAGUGUGUUAGAUUAAUAUCACUGAGUCUGAAAACAUGUUACCAAAAUAAUAUUUUUUUUCUUUUUAGCAUAAAUAAUACAUUAUUUAUUUCAUUUCCUUUAAAAAUACUUUGACCAAAAUAUAAUUUUUAUAUAAACAAAAAUCAGGAAAAUGUAUAAUUAUCUAUGUUUGAAUUUGGAAUUUCAUUGUAAUAGAAGAAGAAAAAUAUCAUAGAAAAGCAAUACCAAGUUUUUAUUACAAAAUAGCUCAUAAAGAUCAAAGUUACUAAAAUAUUUUUUAUUAAAAUGGUAAAAAAACACUUAUAUUUCCACGGUUACUAAUCUAAACUAAAUAUUUAGAUUUGACGGUGGAGUUUGAGAAAUCUGGUUUAAGAUUUAAAAUUUAAGAUCUCAAAUUAUAUUUACCUAAAAUUUCUUUUGGUUUUAUUCUUUUAGUCAAAAUAACAUUUCUUAGAUAUUUUUUUGAAGAAUUUCCCAUAAAAAACAUUUCAAUUAAUUAAAGAGAUAGACUUAAAACUAGUUGAGUUUAUAGUAAGAUUCUGAACUAAUGUAUGUUUUCAAUAAAUUAGAGGGGGAAAAGAAAGAGUAUGAUAGAAAUGAUGUUAAUAUAUGCAUAUCUUUGGAUAUUGAUUAUCAAUGAGUGGCACAAAAUCAUACUUAGUUUUGUUAUAGGAGAAUUUUCUAUUAUUUAUUAAUAGUUAAUCUCUUAUUCAGAAGAAAACAUUGCCCAAUUUGUUUUAGCAAAUCCUUAGACUGUUCAUUAGUUAUAUGCUACCUAAGAACUUCCAGUAGUAAAACACACAGUUUUCCUUUGAUUGAAGAGAUGCAACAAAAGAUAGUUAACAUGUUAUUCUCAAUUAAUGGCAUGCAUAUUUGUUACUCAAGAAGAUGAUUGUUAAAUAAAAAAGGAAGAGAUAUAUAAUAAUAUGAUGUAUGCAUAUUUUUUUUUUCUCUUUUAUCUUUGUGAACUUCAUAAUGUUAUAAAUGACAUAACAAAAUCAGUUCCAUAUAAUAUUUUUGUUAGAACUUAAGUUCCAAUAAACUGCACAAAAAUUCAAUAAUAAACAUUAUAUGGAUGAAAGACAGGAGUAAUUUAUUGAAUCAUUUGGUCGGUGAUAACUGAUAAAGUGUUUAGAUUAGGCAUUAAAGAAAGAGGACUGUGUCAGAGACCAGAAAGAUUUCCUCUGCUGCUGGUGGAAUCCUAAGAACGAAGCCGUGUGAGACCAAACCGACAAACGAACAACUUGUCGCCACGUCAGCACGUUGAUUCCUACUCUGACUCAGGGUUCACCACGUGUUUGCCCAACGGCUAGUUUUUGGGCCGUCUUUUGCUUACCACAAGAAAGGAGGGAGAACGAAGGGUAAAUAAAUUUAAAAUUAAAAAUGAAAGAUAUUUUGGCCAAGGAAGUUUCGGGCGUUUUCUCGUUCUAGAAAAUAAAUUAAUUUGACUUAAAAAGUAAAAAAUAAAAAAUAAAAAAAGAUAAUAUCUUUACCAUAUAAGUACAGACAGGUGAGAGGUAAUCUCUUGUCACAACUCGAAAAAGAAAAAUCAAUCAUUUUUCUCAGCUCUUAGUUCAUCAAACAUACUUGGAGACAUUUUGAGUAUAUAUAGAUACUGUGAAGUAAGAAUCGAUUUAGCAAAAGAAAUGGCAUUGGGGAAGAAGAGAAUAGUUGCCCAGAAGUCGAACUUGAAGCAACGUCGUGGUGUGGAAGAAGGAGGAUUAGGAAUAGAGUUAGAGUUGGUUCAGUACAAGAGAGGUUUCGGGAGGAAGAGGGUUCUCAUUUCAGAGACAAGAGAUUCGGUUUUCACUUCACCUGUUGGAACAAUCUCAUCGAAGAAGCUCUGUGAUAAAACUUUGGGUACAGGUGGUCAAAGCCGAGAGCUUGAAGAUCUUCCUCUAGAUAUUCUGGUGAAGAUUAUCUGUGGGGUCGAGCAUGAAGACUUGAAACAACUGUUUCAUGUGUCAAAGACUAUAAGAGAAGCAACAUUAAUAGCGAAGCAGUCACAUUUCGCGUAUAGUACACCUAGGAAAACUUUGAUUUUCCAACUUGGCAGAUACGGUUUAGACAAACCGUUUGAUUUAGGCGAGGAUAAGAUCGAAGCUCCAGCAGCCCCAUUGCAGAAAAGGUAUAGGCGGAUAAACCGCAACGAGGACAACUCUGGAGUCUCAGUGGCUCUAUUCAACUGAAUCAAACAACUUGGUUAGAGGCUAUCGACUUUGUUUCUUCAUGAUCCUUGAUUGAAGAAAAAUGAGUUUUAAGUUAUGUUCUUAUGUUUUGAUUUGGAUAAAUCUCUGUAAAUUCUUGUUAGAUAAAAAAAGAGAGAUAGAGUCUUGGAAAGGCAAGCUUGUUUAGAAGGUGGUAGAUAAUGGGAUUAAAACUUUUGUGUUAUGUAAUGUAAAUAUAGUUUAUUUGGAUUUAUUUAUUACAUGAACUAAUAAUAGAUGAAAUAUUUUAUGUCAUCA